AUCACAACAUACAGCCUUAAUGUUGAUCACAGCUUCUAAAAAUUCAUGAUAUGGGGAUUUUUAGUUAUACUCAACACUUUUUUCAUUCAGAAGCCUGAUUGGUUGUUCUAGAUGCCAUGAAUGAUAUAUAUUGGACUUGUAGUUGGAAGAAAUCUAAAGGAUCAAGCAUCCCUGAGUUUCAGACAGAAACUUACCAGAAUACAUUCAAAGAACCAUCAAGAAAUGGGGACUUGGAUUUUGUUUGCCUGCCUCCUGGGAGCAGCCUUCGCUAUGCCUCUACCACCUCAUCCUGGGCACCCUGGUUAUAUCAACUUCAGCUAUGAGGUGAUUACCCCUUUCAAGUGGUACCAGAACAUGAUAAGGCAGCCGUAUCCUUCCUAUGGUUACGAACCCAUGGGUGGAUGGCUGCACCACCAAAUCAUCCCUGUGCUGUCUCAACAGCAUACCCCGAGUCACACCCUUCAGCCUCAUCACCACAUCCCAGUGGUGCCAGCUCAACAGCCCGUGGCCCCCCAGCAGCCAAUGAUGCCCGUUCCUGGCCACCACUCCAUGACUCCAAACCAACACCACCAGCCAAACCUCCCUCCACCUGCCCAGCAGCCCUUCCAGCAGCCCUUCCAGCCCCAGUCCAUUCAGCCACAGUCUCACCAGCCCAUGCAGCCCAUGCAGCCCAUGCAGCCCAUGCAGCCCAUGCAGCCUGUCCAGCCCCAACCACCUCUGCACUCCCUGCAUCCCCUGCCACCACAGCCACAUCUGCCUCCGAUGUUCCCCAUGCAGCUGCCCCCCCUUCUUCCUGAUUUGCCUCUGGAAGCUUGGCCAGCAACAGACAAGACCAAGCGGGAAGAAGUGGUGAGUAUACACUGA